CAUUGAUUAUCAACACCCAGUACUCACAAACAACCAAGCCCUGCAGAAAAGCCUAAGAAGAGAUUGGGCCCUUAUUAACAGCAUUGAUUACCAACACCCAGUACUCACAAGCAAUCAAUCCCUACAUGAAAGUCUAAGCAGAGACUGGGCCCCUAAUAAAAGCAUUGAUUAUCAACAUCCAGUACUCACAAACAACCAAGCCCCGCAUGAAAGUCUAAGCAGAGACUGGGCCCCUAAUAAAAGCAUUGAUUAUCAACAUCCAGUACUCACAAACAACCAAGCCCCGCAUGAAAGCCUAAGCAGAGACUGGGCCCCUAAUAUCAACACCCCGUACCCACAAGCAACCAAGCCCUGCAGAAUCGCCUAA